AAGCUACGGGAGGGUCCACGUGAAAAACCCUGGUCCGAAUCGAAUCGGACAGUGAUCGAUCGAUCGAUCGCUCCUCUUUGAUUUCGCGUUCCUUUUCGUCCUCCUCUCUUCGUUCGAUUCCGUUCUCCAGCUCUCGAAGCUGCAAAAAUCUUUGCCUUUUCGCUCUUCGAUUCUGGAGCUGGAUUCUUUCCCUUUUCUUCCUCCCCCGCCCCCCCAAGUUCUCUUGAGCUCCCCCAAUCGGAACGGAGGGAGAAGGGCCGUCCUCGCGGAGCAGGCAUGAUAACGAGAUCGAAACUGGCGGAGCAGUUGAGGGAGUACCAGCUUCGAUCCAAGAAUGAUUGGGCCUCUGUUUCCCUUUUCUGCUCCAGCUCUAGUUUCGGCUCUUCGAGGGUGGAUGUUGUGGUCUUUGUGAUAUGGGAGCUUGUAAUUCUAGCUUUCUUGGUUUUCUCAGCAGUGUCUUUGUACUUCCGGCACAUGCAGCUGGCCUUAAUCUUAAUCUGCGUCACCAUGCUGUUGCUUCUAUGCAUGAAAAUUACAAAGCAAAUAAGAUUGGCCAGGAAGAAGAAGCGAAGGAUGCUUCUUCCAUUAUCCAUGUAGUGUCAAAGUUUGGUCACAGAUUUUUCCUGCUUUCUCAUCCGGUCAUGUAGCUUGGGGGAAGUGGUCGUUCAUUGAAUUGAUCCAUCACUAAUUGUUUAAUUGAGUACAUUCAUCAGGCUCAGGUUGGGUAUAAGUUGACAUGACAAAUUGAAAGCGCUCCUCAUUCUCAUAUGAUACAAGAGACUCGGAUUGAUGAUUAUGCAAGCAGCUAGGGGGAUAUAGGGGGCUCGGCCUCUCUCUGCAGCUUUUCAGAGUGUCUGCACGAGCAAUAACAGAGCGGCCUGUGGGAGAUAUUGGAAUGGAGGUAGAUGUAUGAGAACGAGCAUACGUUUCGACAAUGUAAUAUGUGGCUUUAUGAGGAUGUUCAUUUACAUUUCUCAGGAUGACAACAUAAACGUGAGAAACCAUAACUUCUCAAGAUACAAUUGCUUUCAGUUUGCAUGUCAAGUUAUUACUGUUGAUUCAUCAUCUCA